CCCUCACUGCCCACGUGCUCGCCGUGCGCGCCACGUGACAACCCAGUUCCCGCCAAUCUCACGCUCUCCGAUGAUUGGCCGCGGGCUUCACCAACAGCGACGAGUGUUACUGGGAGAAAAAAAGUCAUCCGGGCGUCGUUUUUUAUUUCCCAGACUGCACCGGCAAGCGCCGAGAGGAUCCCGCGAUCCGAUUCGUCCGUGCGCCCCGGCGAGAGGCGGGGCCCGCGAGGCGCGUGGGCCAAUGGCGAUCCUCGUUAGAGCGAGCAGCUGCCUAUGCGCGCUAGGGAAUGUAAUCGGUGACGGGCAGCACUAGGAUCGGACCCGGAAGUCGUCCGCUCUGCCCGGGUAACGGCGCGUGGAUGGAGAUGAAGAAACACACGAAGAAAUGCCAACGGAAAAGAGAUGCGCGUGGAAAUGAAUCGUCAUGCCUGGAAGAAGCUCCGAAUGACCUGGAUUUGGACCAAGUCAAGAUUUGUAAAAAGAAAAGAUGCGUAAACCACAGAGCGGAAUCCAGGAGUGACGAUGCCCAAACGAAAACGUCUGAUGGUGAUUCGCGGUGUGAUUCUUCUCGGGUUGCAGUAGACGGCGGCGAGCACCAUUGCAAGCACGGUGAGCGGAGAGAAGGCGAAUCUCGACGACGAAGUGAGGAGGCGGCAGUUGCACCUCAACGGGGAGAAGACGUGCGUGCCUGUUCCAGAAGCGGUGACGCCGAGUGCAAGGGAGUGAAAAGGAAGAAGAAAAUGGAAAACGCUGACGAUAAUUUGACGCCAACUUGGCAGCAAGAAGAAGGGGCUUUGCAGUCGGACCGUGAAGAGGAAACUGUGAAGAGUGAGAAGAAAUCGAGCAGGAAAAGGAAACGAACUGCAGCUGAUGGAGGAAGUAAUUUAGAAGACAUUGAACCUCCUCCUGUGCAGGAAAGACCUCGCAAAAAGAGAAAACGCAGGGAAAUGAGCAUUGCGGUGCCUGACCGACAUGCUUCUUCUGAAGGGACAGUUGUGUCAGAAAGUUGCCCGAUGGAAUCGCCCGUGAAUCCUGAGCCAUCCCCAAGCUCCAACAGGAAGAAGAAUAAGAAGAAGGCAAAGUCGUACCAAUCUGGAAAUAACCAGGGUGGUGUAAUAGCGCAGAAUACUGCGGGCACAAGGAGCAAGAAGCAUGGCAAGAAGAAAAAACGGCGUGACCUUGAGGAGGGCUUACCCAGUGAGCCACUUCCCACAUUGAGAACCGAGAACUCUGUCACCAACGAACAUCGCCAGAUAAAUGCGUCCCACACUGAAGAGGUUGUUGAUGAAGUAGAUAAAGAAAUGGGGGAUGAGGAGGAUGAGGAGGAAGAGGAGGAGGUUAGGCAUCUCGAGAAUUAUGAUUACCAGGUCAAAUUCAUGAGUAAAUUCAUUCCUGGCUUUGCACGUAGAUCGCAAAUGUAUAUUGCUCAUGCCCUCAAAUAUGACUAUCAUCGUUUUAAGGAGUUUGAAAAGGAAGGAAUCAAGGUCCGGUUUGGGCGUUUCAGUAAGGCAGAGGUGGAACAGCUGCACAUGAAUGUUUGCGACUUUAUUCGUGACCACGAUGCCUUCACGGAUCCACAGAAACUAUUCCUGCCCUCGAACUUCCCCGCGGAGAAGAAAUUAAUCUCAAAAUACCGAUUGCAGAACAACUUCUACAACUACCUGCUUCAGGGUAUUUCAAGACCAAUGAAGCAGAUAUUCCAACGUGGGAUGACUUUAUAUGAAGGCCAAGACUUGAAAUCUGGAAGGUACUCGGAAGAAGAGUUGAAGCAGCUGACGCAGCUCACCCGGGAGUUGGGUCCACAUUGGACUCGCAUUUCACAAAUCAUGCAGCGCGGGCAGAAGAACCUGUCCGUCAAAUUCAGUUUGAUGAACGAUGGUUUGACCAAGGGCGUUUGGAGUGAUGGGGAGGUUGAGAGUCUGCUGCAGGCAAUGAAGGACUACCUGCAAGCUCAGCAGCAGCACAAUGGGGUGGACCAACUCAACACAGAUUCCGAACAUACGAUCCGUAUCCUGCAGAGAUUUCUCUACUCCGAAAUUCCCUGGAGACACAUUUCCGCCAGCGUGGACAACAGAAAUUCCCACCAGUGCAGGGCAAAAUGGAUGGCCGUUCUUUGCAAUCGGUUGGGAAAGAUCACACCACUGACGUAUGGAUGGAAAGGCGAUACAUCCAGAAUACAACUCAUUCAGAGGUAUUUGUCGAUACUGGAGAACUGUGUAAACGAAUUGCAUGUGGUUUUUUUGUUAGUACUAACGUUUAUUGGAAAUUGUCCUUGUUCACGAGCAGUUUGUACAACUUGGAAGUUGAAGACAGUGCGGAUAUUGACUGGGAUGGAAUCGUCCAAAAAAUGAAAGAUAAUUGAUGUCCUGCACGACAUCUAUCUGCCUCGGCUUCUGAAGAAACAUGACAUUGGGCAGUUAAGCGCAGAAGUGGAACCAACAGAGGUUCUCCUCAAACACCUUUUGAAUGGCAUUGACUAAUUGAGGGCCUGGACCCCCUCUACAGAUUGUGCUUCAGGCCCUCUUAAGACAAAUCAGAAUCUUUAUCCUGGAAAAAUCCGAUGAGCUAUGAAGCUCUUUGUCACAGAUGUGCAAUGAUGGACAAGGAGAAUCCAGUGAGUUGGAGAAUCGUGCUGCCAUGGAGGCACUGCGUGCGAGAAACCCACCUGCAGGGCACCAAUGUGCCUACAGAAUUCUAGAUUUUAAGCUUUCGUGACUGCAAGGAUUCAUAUUCUUAUGUUUUUUCGGUAAAGUCACGUAGGUAAAACAUCAAAAUUAAUGAAAAAUAAAUAAAUAAAAAAUCACGACGUUUCGGAG